CGACCUGAGACUGAAUUAAGAAACAGUGUCUUUGAGGAGGGUGAAGAUGCCUUUUCACCAUGUGAGAGCAGGGCUGCUCUACACAGACAACUACCUGAGCACCUCUCUGCCUGAAACCAGUGAAGAACAGCUCGCCAACAUCUCCACAGAAGAGCUUGGCGAGAUUCGAGAGGCAUUCCGAGUUCUAGAUAGGGAUGGGAACGGAUUCAUCUCGAAGCAGGAGCUGGGUAUAGCCAUGCGCUCUCUGGGGUACAUGCCCAGUGAGGUGGAGCUGGCUAUUAUCAUGCAAAGACUGGACAUGGACGGUGAUGGACAGGUGGACUUUGAUGAAUUUAUGACAAUAUUGGGACCUAAACUUGUUUCUUCUGAAACCAGAGAGGGCUUCCUAGGAAGUACUAUAGACAGCAUAUUCUGGCAGUUUGACAUGCAACAGAUGUCCCUGGAGGAGCUCAAACACGUCCUGUUCUACGCCUUCAGAGACCAUCUCACCAUGAAGGACAUCGAGAAUAUUAUCGUCACCGAGGAAGAGAGCUUGAAGGAGAACUCAGGAAACUGCCAGACCGAAUUUCAGGGAGUGCAUUCGAAAAAGAAGAAUCGUCAGACGUGUGUCCGCAAGAGCCUCAUCUGCGCUUUUGCAAUGGCCUUCAUCAUCAGCGUCAUGCUUAUCGCAGCCAAUCAGAUGUUACGGAAUGGCAUGGAGUAGCCCCGCCCACUGUGAACCCUGCUUGAUCUGACCUCUCUUAAGAAACAUGCAUCAAAAACUCCACUUUCUUUUAGUUCGAAGAGCGUGGGGAGCCCACAGAGCAGAGGAUGUGAAUCCCUAGAGCGAGUUUUGUUUUUUAUAUUUAUUAUGGCGAUUGUGAUUGUGACAGACUCUGAAACGGCAGUGAGGGAUGUUCUCUACCAUCAGCUUGACAGGGACAUGCAAGGGCUCCUCACUGGAUACCAUUUAAUGCAAUAACAUCCUGUGUCCCUCCGCGCUGUGUGUUUUUCUCAUUCCCUGUCUUUGAAAUGUGACGACUUUGUACUUUAUCUCACUCCAAGUCAUGUCAGAUGGGAACGAUGAGGAGUGAUUGGCAGCCUGUCCAAUGGAGCCGCUGCCGGAUGUCUGGCAUCAAGAGCGUGUGCAUGUUCAUCUCAAAUGCACUGUAAGUUUUGUUCACAGCAUUGCAUUGUUGAAGCUUAUUUAUGGAGUUUAUUGAAGAUAUUGUUUAAUGUUGAAGGGACUGUGGGUAUUUUUGGAAUAGCAUACUACCAUACUAUUACUUUUACAGUAUGCAGUUUACUGUGUACAGUAUGCAAAGAAAAUCACAAAUGAACAAAAUAUACAGGAUACAUCAGGGUCUGCAUGGAACUGUAUCCCCCAGUGCAUAUUGACCUUUUGAGUGUGAUCAACUAGAAACUAUUUCAGCUGAUUUUUUUUCUCCUCCUUUGAUUGG